UGUACUAGCUAUUACGGCUCUAGAUGCUACGGCAGAGGAAAAUGGCUUAUAUGUUAGCAGUGAUGAUAUUUCUACUCACUAAAGUAGAUUCGGUUGUUGCCACUACAGCUAUAAUUACACAAAACAGUACUACAACUAAUCCUCCUACUACAACACCAGCCCUUUCUACACCUAAGUCUUCUACUCCGCCAAGCACUGCUCCAACAUCAAGCAGUACUCCAACAUCAAGCAGUGCUCCAACACCAAGCACUGCUCCAACACCAAGCAGUACUCCAACAUCAAGCAGUACCCCAACACCAAGCAGUACUCCAACACCAAAUGUCAGAGAAUGUGACAGCAAUCCAUGUCAAAAUGGUGGAACGUGUGUGGAUGGUAUUCUAAACCGCUACUUUUGCCAUUGUCCAAAAAAGUACUUUGGAUACAACUGUAAUAAAGAAAUAAGCCAGAGUGGAAAUUUCUUGAACAAUGUUAUAUAG